AUGAUUCCAUUGGUAAGCUUAAGCCUUAGGCGCUGUCUCUAUCGCAGCAAUGUUUCAGUGAAAUUAGCACUGCCAGAAACAUUUGCAACCAAUUCACAUUUCGGAAAACACGCCGCCAUAAGGCAGCUAUCGUCCGAUGCCGGGAACACCGCACGUGACUCGUCUACCAAACAAUCGGACGAUUCACGUUGGAUGAAAAAACCAGAACCGUCGUCGGAAUCAUCGUCAAGUACCACUAAUGUGACGGAUGGGAAGUUCUUUUUCGAUGCCGAUGUCGAGAAUCUUAGCCCGGAACAACAGCAACAGAAAGAGGAACUUAUACGUGAGUUGACCAAAAAACUAAGCGGUCCAUUAGCUGAUGAAAAUGGAAAUGUACCCACUGGUGACGAUAGACCUAUCGCUAUAGAGGUCGAUGGGCCAUCGCAUUUCUAUGCCAACAGCACGAAAUACACAGCAUACACCAAAUUGAAGCAUCGACUACUCACACGUAUGGGUUACAAGGUACUACAUGUACCAUACUUCGAAUGGAGGAGGCUACGUGGAGCUAAGGAACGGGAAGAGUAUAUGAGGGAGAAGUUGAAGGAGGAGCCCACUGAGUGGAUAGAUCCUGAAGACGAAGCAUUUUACAACAAACGCAUGGAAGCACUUAGACGACAGACUGAAACUGUAAUACAGACACUAGAACCGGAAUCAUCAAAAUAA